AUGGCAGGUCUGAUUAUAGUUGCCCUGGUCUUUGGACUACUCCACGCCUCGACAAGUAAGUCUUCAAAUAUGCGCAUUCUCGAUUUACCAACCCUUUUUUUGUUGCAAUCUUAUGUUUUUCUUAGUAACUCUGGCUUUUUGCUUUGUAUCGGAAGUUAAAUUUAGACCUGCAGUUUUUUCACCGCUGCUUGAGAAAAUAGGAUAUUUCUUUACAAUAUGAGCAGAAUAGUGGGCUUGAAGGAGGGGUUUAGACUUUUUUAUUUUGGUUCCUAGUGCACAGUAUUUUUUUUAAGUGAAAAAAAAUUUCAUAGCGUAGUAAAAAGAGAUUUGGAAAAAAUAGGUUUUUUGAGCAGAAAUCUAACCGAAAAAUAGAGUUUUUUUUAGAAUUUGGAAGUCUAGUCUAACUUUCUCCAUUAUUUUUUUAAUUCAAAAUUUAUUUUCGAUAGAGAUAAUUUCAAUGCUUUUUGUCAUGAAAUCGUUCAUAUAAGUUGCUUGAUUCAGCCCAGUUUAUGUAAAGUUUUGAAAAGAAAAUUUGGAAUAGUUUACAAAAAAAAAGUUCGUCUCUACAGUUUCUUUUUUUCAAGUCAUCGCUUAUAUAAUAUUAUUUAUUUACAGGCAGAACAAAAUAAUAUGUACAGAAAAAAAAGAGAAAAAAAUUUGGCAUUAAGCCUGAAAUAAAUAAAUAAAAAGGCACUUGAGGCCCUCACGAGCCUCUGAGCCAGUAAUGAAAGAAUAAGAGGUGAGGAUUUCACAAAGGUAAAAAAAAGUAAAUAGAAAAAGAAAGUAUAAGUUAUGACACAGUGUAGCACAGGUGAGUGGGGAAUUUAAUCGUUUGUAAUGAUAUAGACGCGCAUAAGAUGGAUUAGAGUAGGGCUGAAGCACGGGUGCCUGGUUCAACGGAGUCUGCUGGGAAUAGAUCCAAAAAAAGGAAAUUGUUAUCGAGGGAUAGUAACAAAGACCUGAAACGUUCUGGAGAAACAUUGAGGUUUCCCAAUGUAGCCAGUUUAUUCCAAAGAGGGAUGAACGUCUCAAAGAAAUUUUCGAAACGAAUCCCUACUCUGAUAAGACGUGAUGGAGCACGUACCGAAUUCGAUCUCCUGAAAACACUGUGAGCAACUGGCAAAUGACUCUCCUUAAUAUAAAUUUUAUGUAGUGUUCUUAGACAAAAUUCGACUCGUCUUCUAAAAAGAGAGUUUGUGUUAAUCUGAGCUAACCUGUCUUCAUAACUAGAAAACCUAAUGUUUGAUCUCAUGAAUGUUUGGCGAGUAAAUUGACGGAAGAUGUUUUCGAGGGUGUAAGAUAGUUCUGAAGCUAGGGGGGGACUGAACAACUCACAACAGUAGUCCAUAUAGGGAGCAACGUAAGUAAGAAAAAUCCGGCUCAUUAGAGCGGGAGACAGGGCGCGGAACGCUCUGAUGAUUUGUUUACUUUUUAGUUUGCAUAAGGCUAUAACUUUGCGAAGGUGAGGCUCAAAUGUUAGUUUGUUAUCAAUAAGAAUGCCUAGAUCGCGAACAGCUUCCGCGGAUGAGAUAGUUAUAUUAUUUAUAGUAUACAGAACAUGAGGGUUGCUACGGCCUAGAUGGAGAAGGGUGGUUUUGUGUUCGGCCAGGGGAAGACCCCAUUGACUAGACCAUUGGAAAACGUCGUUGAGACCUUGCUGAAGCGCUAUAGGAUCGUCAGAAAAAAUUUUAAGAUCAUCAGCAAAAAGAUAAGCCUUUACAUUAUCAGAUAAGUUGCUGAUAAUGUCAUUAAUGAAUAUUAUAAAUAAGAGUGGGCCGCAGACUGUUCCUUGCAUCGCUUGUCACAGCUUUGAGUAAUCUUCAGUUUUUUUCCCCCUAAUCAAGGAUCUCUCAUCUUUUAGAUCGAUCUCAAUUUCAGAAAAUGCAUAAUUUUUAGCCACCUCAUUUCCAUUCUCAAUUCCAUACAUUUUAGUCUUUUUCAAGGUUCAAUUGGGUUAACUAGGCUAAUAUCUCCUUUUUAAUUUCGUUCUGGCUGCCCUUCCACCAUCAAAGAUGCUUUGAACGGGAUGAUGGAAUGAAAGUUUUUCCAUGUUGGAAGCUCCGAUGGGUGAAAAUUGGAUCUGGGCCCAGAUUAGCAGUGUUUCUAGGCGUGUGAAGCACUUGUCCUGGAGUGCAAGGGCCGUCGGACUCCUUUUAUUCUACUCAUUCCAUUCUUCUCCACAAUCAUCAUUUCAUUGCACGGAGAAAGGGCAUUUUUGCUUCUUGAGACCUCUUUGGUGAGUUAGAAGUCACUUAAGCAGUACAAGAGGAGCCUAUAGAAGAUUUUUCCAAAAUCCAGAAUUAUCCAAGUUCUACGGUUGAACUUAAACCAUAUGGUCGCGAUAUCUUCUUUCAUGGCAACUGUAUAAUUUUUAAGUACCCAUGUAAAUUUUUGUUUCUUCCUAAUAAGUUCCACCGCUUCGUCUGAAAACAAGAACCGAAAAUCUUAUUUAUUAUUACUAGAAAGCUUUUCGCGCCAAAUUUGGCGUCUCUGCCACGCAAGAAGUAUCAUUUUACACGGACAAGACUACAUUUCAAGAAAGCAAAGAUUUAUCGGUAGUAGAGCUAAUAAAUUUUUUCUCAUAGACACGCAAUUCAAUGAGAUGAUCCACAUUUUCUGGAAUGAAACGAUAAAUUUGUACAGAGUGUAAUGAAAGAAAAAAUGGUUGCUUUCCUCUCGACAGCCAAAGAUGAAUGAACAAAGAGCCAUUUGAUGGAAGAUCCGUUGCCCUAACGUGUAUUAAUGAGGUACCAGAAAAGCGUAUAUCGUAAGUAAAUUAAGAGCGAUCAAGUAUGCGCCGCUGGCUAUGAAUGAGCCGCUUUCCCACCGGGAAUUACGUCUUUUAACGGCCUUUUCCAAUUCUUUUUCGGUCAGUGUUUCCAAUUGCAGGCUUUAUUAGGAUUGAUGGUGGCAGUUAACUUCGAUUCAAUCCGCUUUUCAAAUAUUUAUAGACUUUUGCGGCUUUUAUAAAGUGCAGCCAUCCAUAGUUGGGCUCAAAAACCAAUUCUCCUUUCUUUUUUUGCGCAUUGAAGUUAUAAAAAAAAUAAAAUAGUUAUUUUUGAGGAAAAGACGUCAUUCACAGGAGCAGUGUCGCUUUUUUUGGUUUUCUUUGGUAGCAAAAAAACAAUCUUUAGGCGGAAAAAUUUUAAUGGGUGAAGAAUGAAGACACACUGUUAGAAGUUUUAAAAGAGAAAAACCGACGAACUAGUGGAAAAUUUUUCUUCUUUUAUUCGGCUAAAAGAUGAAACAGGAAAACUCAAAUGGUUUCAUACAAACAUGGUUUUUGGAGACCGCCGAACAAAUUUUGAAGUAUUUUUUCGUUUUAACUUUCAAAUGAUCAGAAUGCUUAGCUUUUCAAGCUUCCAAAGAUUUUUUUCUCUCGAAAACUGGCGAAAUUUCCGGCUUAUUUUUUGUACGAGAAAAUCAUUACCUGUUUAGGUAGCUCUUUUUUUCUUUCUUGGAUGUAAAAUUUAUUCUGACGAAUUCAAUGAGUCGUAACAGUCGAAGUUUCAAGGAAUAGCAAAGUUUCAACUAAUUCCUUAAAAAGAGACUUCGAUCUCUCGAACUUUAAAAAUUAAUACUUGAAAAGUGUUGGCGUCGAUUCAUUCUAAACAAAAAUAGCUUCUUUUCAUGGUCACCAGAUACCAAUCCCAUUCGAAGAGCAAGCAAAAACAAUUUGUUCAAAAUUAUAAGUUCCUGCUUUCGCCAUCCUUCAUUCAUAACGACCACAUCAAGGCUUUUCAAAGACUCCUCUCCCAGUUUUUCCACGCCCAUAUGUCGAACUGAAGCACGCAUAUUUCGACGAGGCCCGUCGCAUAUUCAAAUGCGUGGAAAAAAAGCAUUUAUGACGCGCCGAUGGACUUUCGACGGAACGUCGUUGAGCCAAUAGCAAAAAAAAAAACGAGCCCAAAAAGUAAAAGAGUCGUGUUUGAAGAUGAAGAGGCGCGCGACGCCAUCAGGGAUUAUGACAAGGCGAAGCGCCGUUCGCCAGAAACGGGGACGAAAAAAGUUGCAAUUGGCCUUCCUUGUCCUCCUUUGCUUUCUUUUCUAAUCUUUCCUUACUUUUUCCCUGAGUUUGCCAAGUCAGUUUGUUAGAAGUUUUGCUAAAAAUUUCCUGUUCAUUUAUCGCGUUUCUAUCUAUUUCUUGUCAGUACUAUUUUUUUAGAAUACUCAAUUUUUUUAAACUACCUUAAAUCUACUAUCAAUCAGUUUUUAAUUUGUUUUUGUUCAAUCAUCAGCGUAUUUUGAGUAAGUCUAGAUUUUCCUGAAAAUAAUCGAAAAUUUUUUGGAGCUCUGUUCGAAAAAAAAGGCUAAAAUCGAGCGCUUUUCUGAUGAUAAUAUUGUCUUGGAAAUCUUACGAAAAUAAGACUGAAGCUGCAUUAUUUUUUUGGAUGGUCAUUGGGUUUUUUUGAACUAUUUUUUUCGAAAUAAACUUUUUUUCAGAAAAACUCAUUUCAGCUAGUUUCAUGAUAUUUCAUUUAUUUUGUUAUUUCAUAGGUUUCAAUUUCAGUUUGACAUGGAUUUCUCACAGGCAUCCAAAGCUUAAUGGUGAAGAUAUUAGAGGAAAAUUAAGCUUUUUGAAAGGUGUCUCUGAAAUUUUCGAUAAAUAUUUGACGUUUUUUUCAUGAAUAUAUCGAUUUACCUAUAAUUUAUUCUAACUAUGCUUCAGCUUUCUGUUAUAUUAAAAAAAACGAGUGAUGAGCUAUUUUUAAUAGAAAGUUUUUCAGCGAUGGCGGACUCAGACGCCGAGGACCGGCUGAUGGUGGAUUUGUUCCGCGGGUACAACUCUUUGAUUCAGGUUUCUUUGAUUUCUUGGAUAGAAUAAAUGAAAAACCAUCUUUUCCUUUUUUUUUCAAAUCAAAUAGACUUUCAGCCGGUCCGAAACAAGUCUGAACUUCCGAUGAUUGUCAAAAUCGCCAUGCAACUUGUCCUUUUGAUCAACGUUGUGAGCUGUUCCUCUCAUUUUCAUUUUAUCAAAUUUUCAACUUCAGGAUGAAAAAGAGCAAGUGAUGCACACAAACGUUUGGCUUACUUUGGUUCAAAAGGAAGAGUGAUUUUUCAAAAAGUUUUUUUUCAGAAAUGGCACGAUUUUCAAUUGCAAUGGGAGCCACGAGACUACGGCGGGAUCACUCAAAUUCGUGUGGCGCCGGAAAAAAUCUGGCUUCCGGACAUUGUUCUCUUCAACAAGUUCGUUUUUUUUUUUGAAGAAAUUUUGCUUUCGUCGACCUGAAGCUUGCUGGUCGCAUUUGGAAUGGCUCAACGCGGCUGCAGAGCGGUUACCAAGAAGAUGUGUUUGAAAACGUAAAAGGUUAAAUUCAUGCUUCGAGAAGAGACCGUAAACCUUUGAGCCAUUCCAAGUGCGACCAAAGGAUAUCAUGCGAAUAAAGUCACAGCAAAGUUCAAGUGGCCAUUUAGGAAACUUGAAAAAAAUGCAGAAGCUGCCUUUUAAGCGGUUUUGAAAACCCUGAAAAACUUUUAAGGGCCUUUUUAGGAGGAAAAACAUCUUUCCAAAGCUCCUAAAAAGAUCAUUUCGGAACUCUUCUGACAUGUGAGCUGUUUUUUCCCUUUUUCACGAAAAAAAUAUCAUUUAUCGGUAUUUUAAACCUUUCUGCAACUCCGUCUCUUCAACACCUUUUCUCAUUGAAAAAGACCUUUCCGAUUAAAAUCAACUAAAAGGCGUUAGGAAGGUCUUUUGAAGGCCUUUCUUCAAAAAGCUUCUUUUUAGGUACAUUUCUACUAUGUGGUUUGAACGCUUUGGGAUUUCAGUGCAGAUGGGAACUACGAGGUCUCUUUCAUGUGCAACGUGCUCGUUCUCAGCAACGGAGACGUUCUUUGGGUCCCCCCGGCCAUUUACAAGAGCAGUUGUAUCAUUGGUAUCUUCACAGAGUACGUUUGGAUUGAUGUAUCUGAUGUUUGCAGAUGUCGAAUUCUUCCCAUUCGAUGAUCAACUCUGCAGCCUCACCUUCGGCAGUUGGACUGUUCGUUUUUGAAGUUUAUUUGAAAGCUAUAACUAGGAAAAGGGCUUACUUGGUAGACUUUUUUGGUAGGUAGGCUGAGGAUAGAUUAGUCUGAAAAAAAAAUUAAUAUUUAGCGCUACAGGCUGUUAAAAAAGCUUGUCGAAGUAGUGCAAAAGAAACAAAUAACUUUUCCCAUUGGUUUAUCUCCUGUUCUCUCCUUUUCUCUUGCCAUAUUAGGAAACCCUCAUAGAUCAUUUUUCAGUACAACCGCGAUGAGAUCAAGCUCGAUUUUUUGCACUCGGACCGCGUUGACUUUUCCGAAUAUGCGACCAGUUCAAUAUGGGAUAUGAUGGUAUUUUUCUCUUUUUCGUGAUAUUUUCAGUAAAAAUCUCUUCAGGAUGGCCCGGCAGUACUGACAGCUGACCGAAGUCGGAUAGAGUUUCAAAUUAGGAUACGGUAAUACCCAAUACUCUCUUAUCUUUAAAAUUUUUCAUUUCAGAAGAAAAACACUUUUCUAUUCGGUCGUCUUGAUCCUGCCAACCGUCCUCAUGGCUUUUUUGAACGUCACUGUCUUUUACUUGCCUACAGCCUCGGGUAUAACUUGUUCAAUUGUGAAAAAAAUGAGACUUCCAGGGGAAAAAAUGGGUCUCACCAUGAACGUCUUGCUCUCGAUCGUUGUGUUUCUGUUGCUCGUUUCCAAGAUUUUGCCACCCACUUCUUCUUCCAUUCCUUUGGUACGUUGAACAGAUGGUCAUAAAAAAUAGGGGUUUUUUUUUUUGGAAUCUUUGAGGAAAGAUUGAAAUGAUGACUUGGGUCAAAACCUUUAUCUUAGCACAAUAUUCGUCUAAUCGGGUCCCGACCCAUUUCAAGCAAUUUAGAAAAUAAAGAGAACCGUCACGGGCAAGUCCAACCAGCCUCAAAAGAAAGAGUCUUUUUUUUAAAGUGAUCUCGUUUUUUCAUCUUUUCCCGUCUUCUUUUUUCUUUUUCUCUCAAAAAGGUCGAAAAUGUAAUUUAGGUUGCCAAAUACCUGCUUCUCACCUUCGUGCUCAAUAUCAUCACGAUCGUCGUGACGACAAUCAUCUGCAACAUUUACUUCAGAAGCCCCAUCACUCACAGACUUCCGCCGUGGGUCCGAAAAGUGUUCCUCGACGUUAGUUUUCUUUUCCGAUCUUCCAAAAAAAAAAAAAUAGUUCGACAUAUCGUUCGGAAUUUAUUUUGAAAGUGGGCCUCAGUGACAAAUUUCGUUGGUAUUCAAAAAUAAUAUACACGAAAAGCGCCUUUCUCAUCCUUCGGAUGCUUAUGAGCCAUUAAGGGAUCACUCAAGUGUUGGUAGUCUAUCUUCAGUAAUCGCAAAUGUCAGACGCCACCUCAAAAGCGAGUCUAGAAAACUUGGUUGGAAUAUAUUUCUUUCUUCAAUUUUUGUUGAAUAUCAGCAUGAAGGAAAGAAACUUUGAGCUCUCCUUGGGUCUAACUCUUUGUUCGAAGCUUAAUUUUUCAAGCUUUUUCAAGAAAGAGCUUCUAGAUUCUUCCACUUCUGAUGUGCAUGCAAAGGCCGCAUCGCAAGAACGUCCUGCACAAGCAACAGCGGAAAAUGCUGAUGCAAGGACCGUCGAUAGACAAAAAUCCGCUCCAAACCGACGAGCAUCACCCUCUCUGCAGACACACCGAGCAUCAGUACAUCGUAACUUUAGUUCUACGAGUCAAUAACUGUUCAGAGAGAACUCCAAAAAGAUUCGCGUCCACCACGACUGUGUCGAGGAACUGUCUCCUGAGGCUCAGCGAGCCAUCGACGCCAUCGAGUUCAUCACCGAGAACCGUCGAGAUGAGGAGAUCACUAAACAGGUAGGGCAAAUUUUAAAGGUACAUCCUUUAGUAUUUGGGUCAUUUGUUUUCGGAGAAAGAUCUGAGCUUUCAGAAAUUUCAUUCCAAAUCACAACUGCGAAAAGAAGGCCCGAGCAGCCACAUGAAUACUUUGUGUUUAAAGAUCAUUCGAAAAAAACAUAUGAAAAAAAAAAAAUCUUGAAAGUUUCGAAAUGAAAGUUUUUCGAUUUUGCAACUUAUCAAAAUUCCAUUCGAGUUCAGCCCCACAUAUCACUGUUCAAUAGAGCUUACAAGGUUGUUCAAACAUCAUGAAAGCGAAAAUCAUGAAAGUUUCGCCGCAAAAAUCUAUGUCGCGACUUACUUCUGCGCCUUUAAACAACCCAGGAAGAGUUUUCGAACGGAUAUAAAGAAAAAUAUCGUCCUAGAUGAAUUUCAUAACGAAUUCAUCACAACUUCAGUUCCGAGACGAUUGGAAGUUCAUUGCGAGCGUCGUCGAUCGCUUUUUGUUGUAUGGAUUUUUCGGAGCGACUCUUGGAGGAACAAUCGGUUAGUUAUUCGGCUUUUACUGAUUCAAAAAAUGCUUCAGGGAUCGUCUUCUCAGCUCCUUCCGUCUUCGAAUACGUCGACGAAGAGAAGACUCUGAAACGACUUCGACAACUCUACAAGAUGGGGCUGACCAACGACUCUUAUCCGCCUUUCGAUAUGUGA